AUGUCUUCUGGGCUUGGAACGGGAUCCUUAGAUGGGAUGCCUGGCGAUAAUGGUGGGAUAUCAAGAUUCAUAGUGGUUCGUUUCAAUGACGACACCAUUCCUGAUCUUAAGCUAAAUAUUACACAUGUAUCGAUGGAUACUAUUAACACGCAAUGGUUACGUCGCCUGUGUAGGGAACUGAGAGGAGAGCAGACACAUAGGAGAAGGCUGCGGUUUAUUAGGAAUGGUAACAUAUUGAAUUCUAGGGCGAACCUUGGCUCUGAGAUUCUACAGUAUUUUGAACGGUUGCAAGCAGAGAAUACAGAAGGUACGUUAAAUGAGCUUCUGUUCUAUGUGCAUUGUAUAAUAGGUACAGAGGAUUUGACCGAUGAGCAACUCGCGAGCGAGGAUGUAAUGGAUACAAUGGGACCAAGUGCGGACUCAGUGACCACUCAGGCCAUAGGUUUCGAUAGAUUAGCCUCUGUGGGUUUCAGUGAGGAAGAAAUUGAGUUGUUGAGACAGCAGUUCAGAUCUACCUAUGGCGACCCAGAGGAGGAAGACGACCUCCUGAACGGCGACGAAUCCCAAAGCAACAUAGGAAGCCGUGGUGGUAACGCAAGGAGAGACAUAAGGCAAUUAGAAGAGAUGUGGAUGGAGAGUGGUAAUGAUCCUAUGGCCACCGCCGGAGAUGGGUUACAACCAGGGAGAGACAGAAAUGGAGAGGUGGAAGAUCGUUUCAAUUCAAUUCCAGUUACGGAUAUACGGCACAACAAAGAUCUGUUAAUAGGUAUAACAACAGGAUUCUGUCUUGGAAUAUUUGCACUGUUACUAAUGAAGAACGAGGGUUUGUUCAAUAAGAGACAGAGGAUGUCGAUCAUAGUCGGAGUAGCUACCAACGUGCUGUUCUGUCUAGUUAGGGGAUUUUAA